AUGAAGGAUAGUGAACAGUGGUUACUUGUUUUUAAUGAUGUUACAAAUGCGUUAAAUAUAUUAGGAGAGGAGGUUGAUAAAAGAAACAAAUUAUUUAAAACUUCUCCCAACUCUGGAGACUUGACAAAAAUCAGCUCGGAAAUCAGAAGACAAUUUAAAUCAAUUGAAAGAGUUUUAAUAGAUUUAAAGGAAACAUUACCAACAAUUGCAAAUGAAAUUUCUAAAAAGGAAGCAUUGAGAAGGAAGGACGAAUUACAAACACUAAUCCGAAAGGAACAAGAUUUUAAAAAGAUGUUUGAUAAUCCUGCAACUGCAAGAAAUGAGUUGUUUGAGGAUGAUGUACCAAUAAUUGUCAAAAAGAAUUAUUCAAGAGAUGAGGAACCAGAAUCAAUAAGAGAUUUGGAAGGUCAUCAGAUAUUAUCUUAUCAAAAGAAGGUAAUGGAUGAUCAGGAUAAGAGUUUGGAUGCUCUGAGUAAUGCCUUGUCCAGAACUAAACAAAUUGGAUUGAGUAUUGAUGAUGAAUUGGAUGAACAUACACGUUUAUUGGAAGAUAUUCAUGAAAAUGUAGAUAUUACUGAAUCUAAAAUCAAGGUUCAAACCAAAAAGAUGGUAAAUCUUGCCAAGAAGAACUCGUUCACUUGUUGGGGAAUUAUUAUAGCCGUCAUUUUAUUUGUAAUUAUUAUUGCCCUUUUGAUUGUGUUAUUUACAACCACAAAAUAUUUCACAAAAUAA